AAAACUAUGAUGACAAUUGAAGGAACUUUGAAAGAUGUCUGAAGUUUAGUGGCUACAUCUGCCUUCUGUCUUCUCACCCCUAAAAGGGAAAAAGGAAUAAAUGGGAUGUUUCAGAACAGAGCUGCAUAAAAAGAGCUUUGCAAAUGGCUUCAGAAUCUACCAAUGGGAAACCAGCUAGGAGUCACGUGACAAAGGGGAGGCGCCAGCACCAGCCAGCGAGGAGCAGGUCCUCUGUCAGCGAGUGCGAUGGCGAUGACUCCUUCACCUUUGAAGCCAACGAGGCUUGGAAAGACUUCCAUAGCUCUCUCCUCCGGUUCUACGAGAACGGGGAGCUCUGUGACGUCACUCUAAAGGUUGGCUCGAAGCUGAUCUCCUGUCACAAACUGGUGCUGGCUUGCGUCAUUCCCUACUUCAGAGCCAUGUUCCUUUCCGAAAUGGCUGAAGCCAAGCAGGCGCUGAUCGAGAUUCGGGACUUCGACGGCGAUGCGGUGGAAGACCUGGUGAAGUUUGUGUACUCCUCCCGGCUCACUCUGACGGUGGACAAUGUCCAGCCGCUCCUGUAUGCGGCGUGCAUCCUGCAGGUUGAACUGGUGGCCAGGGCUUGCUGCGAAUACAUGAAGCUGCAUUUUCACCCCUCCAACUGCCUGGCAGUACGAGCCUUCGCCGAGAGCCACAACCGGAUCGACCUCAUGGACAUGGCGGACCAGUACGCCUGCGAGCACUUCACUGAAGUGGUGGGGUGCGAAGACUUUGUGAGCGUGUCACCCCAGCACCUCCACAAGCUGCUGUCCUCCAGCGAUCUCAACAUCGACAGCGAAAAGCAGGUCUACAGUGCGGCCAUCAAGUGGCUCCUAGCCAAUCCCCAGCACCAUUCCAAGUGGCUGGACGAGACCCUCGCACAGGUUCGUCUGCCGUUGCUGCCGGUUGAUUUUCUCAUGGGUGUGGUGGCAAAAGAACAGAUUGUCAAGCAGAACCUAAAGUGUAGAGAUCUCCUGGAUGAAGCAAGAAACUACCACCUUCAUUUGAGCAGCAAACCCGUCCCUGACUUUGAGUACACGGUCCGCACUACCCCAAGGAAGCAUACGGCCGGUCAGCGAGGAAUUGCUUUGGCCUCCUUGGGGGGCCCGAUAUAUGCAAUCGGAGGGUUAGAUGACAAUACUUGCUUCAGUGAUGUGGAGAGAUAUGACAUUGAAUCUGACCAGUGGAGCGCAGUGGCACCAAUGAACACUCCCCGUGGAGGCGUUGGCUCUGUGGCUUUAGUAAACCAUGUUUAUGCAGUGGGCGGCAAUGAUGGAGUGGCCUCCUUGUCCAGUGUGGAAAGGUACCACCCUCACCUGGAUAAGUGGAUAGAAGUCAAAGAGAUGGGCCAGCGGAGAGCCGGCAAUGGUGUUAGUGAACUCCACGGUUGUUUAUAUGUUGUUGGUGGUUUUGAUGAUAACUCGCCCUUGAGUUCAGUUGAGCGGUACGACCCUCGAAGCAACAAGUGGGAUUACGUGGCAGCACUUACAACUCCCAGAGGUGGAGUAGGGAUCGCCACGGUGAUGGGCAAAAUCUUCGCCGUUGGCGGCCACAAUGGCAAUGCGUACCUCAACACAGUGGAAGCCUUCGAUCCCGUGCUGAAUAAGUGGGAGCUGGUUGGACCUGUGUCUCACUGCAGAGCUGGUGCCGGUGUAGCCGUGUGUGACUGCUUAACUAGCCAGAUCCGAGACGUCGGCCAUGGGUCCACUAAUGUGGUUGACUGUAUGUGACUUAGGUCCCAGCAGCAGCAGCAAUGCAAUCACAGCGGAUGAAUGGGACGACAGCCAGCAUUUUCUGUGGCCCCUUUGUGACUGCAGCUACUCUCCUGUUGAAUACCAGCUGUUGUGAGUACUCUCACCUUGUGGCCCUACGAGGUUAAGUGUGGUAUUUCCUGCUCUAGCAAAUAGCAAAGGAGGCAGGAAGCAGUCUAUCUCCGAACCCGUACUUGUUCUGAGAAGUGUUUCAUGUAGUGCCAAACCUUAAAAUAGCUCUUUAUUUUGAUGAAUAAAAUGUAAUUUAUUGAGUUGUAUCUGUUCUUUCUCCUGAAGAUACUAACUGCAAGCAGUAGAUUUUUCGCAGGGGAGAAUUAAGUCUGCUCACAAACAUGAGGACUUGAGGCCUGCUCCCUUGAGGGUCAUUCUACAUGGUGCUGAUGAAUUUAUGUUUUGCUUUUUGUCUGUAGGUGGUGAUGUUCAGUUCUUGGGUAUUUACAAAGUAGGGAAAUGUGUGUUUCUGAGGCACUCUUGAAACCGUCCUAGUGUCUGUAAGAAGCCUUUUGUUUCUGUUUGGAGUUUUAGAACUACAGGCGCCCAUGCUGGCUCCUCACCCACCAAGAGCACUGCUCAUGGUUAGGGCUAUUGUGUUUAUUUUUCCCAUCUCAUGCAAAAUGUGCAACUGGGAAUGUCUUACUUAGUGACAGCUCUGGAUUGGCUCAGUCCAUUGCCCAGGGCAGAGAUGUGGAGAUGAACUGUUUGCAGCAUGUGACCCUAGGAAGGAAAACCAAGGUUCCUUUAGCUUUGUUCCUUGGUUUAGUCAUUGGAUUUGGGACCCAGGAUCCAUUUUCUUAUUUUGUUAUUUGUCACUGUCUUGGUUUUGAUAAUGUACAAAACUGAAUUUAUUUAUUAUCAGGAAAUGAAUGCAUUUUUCAAAAGCCCUUUAUGCAGUAUAGUUUGAUGACUAGUUCAAGUUUGUCAUUAAUCAAUAAAAUAUAUUGUUGAUAAAAACAGAGAAAAUGAAAACUACCAGUUCCUUUUCAUUAUUUAAUGUCCUGCAGUGUAUUUAUUGGAACCUAACUGAAUAUUUCUGCAACUAAUCUGAAGCCCAGCAUAUUGAUAAUCCCACUGUGAUAUAACAGCCCUUUAUUGUUUGUAUGUGUAUAUUGUUUUUAUGUAUGUAUGUGUGGUACACUGUGCACGUGUGUUCACAUUCAUGUGUGGGUACAGGAUUAACAUCAAAGACUAAGACUUUCUAGAUUGCCGUCAUCUUACUCACUGGGGUAGACUCUCUCAGUUGAACUCAGAGUUCAUUUAUCCAUCUAGCUUGUCCAGGGCAUCCCCUUCCCUAUUUCCAGAGUGCAGCUCACUUCACCUACCUGGCAUUCACGUGGAUUCCAGCCAUCUGACCUCUGGCCCAGAGCCUCCCAGACAGAUCACACA